UUUUGUUAUUCUUAUUUGCUCAUUAAUCAUAUUAUUCUAACAUUUUCUGGUAAAACAUACAAGCUUUUGUCUAUCGGUAACAUUUUCUAUCUGUUCUCAUGUUUCUUGUCGUUUCUCUGCUCUGUGCCGUGUGGAUUCAGCCGCUGCCUAGCAACAACAUUCAUUAGCGCGCUAGCCGCAGUUGUCAGGUUAGCAAUGCUGAACCCAUCCCGAAGAUCCUGGAAGGAAGCUGCAACUGCGAUCAGAAGCGGUUUAUCGUCUCCUUUGAACAAAAACCUUUAGUUGUAGAAGUAGAAGUAGUGGAUCUAAAAUAAUUACUUGACAAACUACUUGUGCGUAAUAUUGCAGUGUCGGGGCACUGCGGGCUUACCUAAAGUGGCUAGCACUAGCUUGGUAACAUUAGCACCGGGAGACAGACACAUUUCUCAGAGGGACAGAUCAGAAUAGCGGGUGAAGAUAUGGGCGUGUAAUUAACACGCUUUAUAUUAGCGAUUUUCUAAGUUCAUCUUAUGAAGACAGCAAGGACUGGGUGUAUUAUAAAGGAAUCCUCUAGGUUUUAUCAGGUAGAGUGGAACUAAAGAAACAAACUAUACGCUGCCGUCAUGUUGGAAGAGGACAUGGAAGUGGCCAUUAAGGUGGUGGUAGUUGGCAAUGGGGCUGUUGGCAAGUCCAGUAUGAUCCAGCGUUACUGUAAGGGCAUCUUCACUAAGGACUACAAGAAAACUAUUGGAGUGGAUUUUCUUGAACGGCAGAUAGUUGUUAACAAUGAAGAUGUGCGGCUGAUGUUGUGGGAUACAGCUGGACAAGAAGAGUUUGAUGCCAUUACAAAGGCCUACUACCGGUGUGCCCAAGCGUGUGUGCUAGUCUUCUCUACCACAGACCGGGAGUCAUUUCUGGCCAUUGAGAGUUGGAAGGAGAAGGUGGAGGCAGAAGUGGGAGAUAUCCCUACUGUUUUAGUGCAGAACAAGAUAGAUCUGCUUGAAGAGACUGUUGUUAAAAAUGAGGAAGCAGAGGGGCUAGCUAAAAGACUUAAACUGCGAUUUUACAGAGCGUCAGUAAAGGAAGAUAUGAAUGUAAACGAAGUUUUUAAAUACUUAGCAGAAAAAUAUCUACAACGACUCAAACAACAAACUGCAGAAGAGACAGAGGUGGUUCACUCAACGAGCAAUAAAAUAGGUGUAUUUAAUACCACUAGUAAUGCUUGCAAUCAAAGCCCUAAUGGCAGAGAAAUUAUCACUUUGCGACCUAACAAACAAAGGACCAAGAAGAGUAAAAAUCCCUUUGGAAGCUGCAGUGUCUUCUAAUUAUAGAGUAUGUGUAUUUUAGUAAAGAAUAAACUGUUUAUUGUAUUCAUCAAAGGUAGCCAAUUUUGAGACCAAAGCUCUCCAAAACUGAGAAACCAUAAUAUAAAUAUUUUAUUACAUUACUUUUUUUGUAAGUUGGUUGGAACUACAUCAGAUUUGCAGUUUGAGUGGAUUUGUUGGUUCUUCUACCUGUGGCUGCCUUGCAUCAUUAUAACUUCACAUGGUCUGCAUUUCACCUAUCUCAACAGUGCAAUAUGUCCGAAUUUGUUGUUGAAAGUUGACUAAUCUAAUUUACUGCUUAGCAAACAGAAAAAAGCUAUGCUAAUCUAAAAUCUACAUUAAGAGCAAAUAAGUAUUUUACUACUAACUGCAGUGUUUGUAGAGAUUUUUCUUAAGUGUUAAAUAGUGCCAAAUGUAUAACUUCUGAACACUAAACCCAGAGUCCUUUUUAUACACAACAAAAACUGAAUGUACAGUAUCUGAUAUUCAGUGCACUUCUCUGACAUAAUACAUCUCAAGUUUGCCUCAAAUACAUCAAGACUAUGGGAAAUGUUUAAUUUUUAAAGGUUAUGGUACAAGAUGACUCAAGACAUUUGAAUUAUGAGUUAACUAUUGUUACACUACAUUAAAUAAAUCUUCAGAUGACACUGAAUGAAAAGCACAAAAUAAAAGAAUGUUUCACUGGUACCAUUUUUAAGUGUUUAUGCAUGUGAGUGUUAAUUUAAAAUAGAUGUUUAAUGGUCCCGACAUUAAGUUCACUGUAGGUUACAGAUAAAAGUAUAAAACCUCCUUUUUGUCAGAUUAAAACUCAUGGUAGGUUUUUAAAAUGUGUUUUUCUUUACCAGGUGAAAUAGUGGUGUCACAUUUUAGGUUAACUGAGUUACUGCAUGCAAGUGUUUUUUUUUCGCUUUGUAGGGAAUGAUGAACAGUAGUCUCAAAGCCACAAUGCCUUGUCAAGUGUUUACAUUCCCUCUAGUGCUCUGUAUUUUAUUAUUUUUUCCUUUUAUGAAAGAUACUGUAUCUUAUAUUUACUUUACUGCAUUUAUAUAAAAUGUGCAUUUUGUCUUUGA